AUGCUUCAGGGCUACCCGUCGAAGUCCAGAGCGGCAACUGUCGCUGCCGCGGUGCUUCUUCUUUUACUAGGCGCACAUGUCCUACGCAGCCAUGCACCGCCGGUUCCGAGAUGGCGCCUAGCAGACGGCGAGGCUGUCAUCGGCGGGCAUGUCGACAUCAAAGACGACCCUGAGACAUUGCCUUGUCAAAAGCUGCCAGGAGCCGAGGAUGUCGUGGUCAUCAUGAGGACUGGAGCCACUGAGAUUCAAGACAAACUCCCCAUCCAUUUCAACACGACUUUCAGGUGCUACCGGGAUGUCCUCAUCUUCUCGGACUAUGCCGAAACAUUCCAAGGCCACGAAGUCCAUGAUGCCCUGGCCGCGAUGGACCAGGAUCUGAAGGAGAACAAUCCGGACUUCGAGCUUUACAUGAGGCUCCAACGACAUGGUCGCGAAAGCCUGUCUGAGGACGAGCUCAGUGGCAAAGCAAGCUUCGAAGGGAGCAAAAGCGGCAAGGGCGAAAAUCCAGGCUGGAAGCUGGACAAGUGGAAGUUCCUCCCGAUGAUGAAUGAGACAUUGAACCUGCGACCAGACAAGAAGUGGUUCAUGUUUGUGGAGUCCGACAGUUACCCGGUCUGGUCCAACAUGCUUCAAUGGCUGGAGAACGUGGACCCAGCGAAGCCACACUACUUUGGCAGUGAAGUGAUGAUCGGGCCAGACAUAUUUGCUCACGGAGGGUCCGUCUUCGUCAUGUCAAAGCCAGCAAUCGAGCUGGGGGCACAGUACUACGCAGAACGCCGGCAGGAAUGGGAUCUGUUCACCGACGGACACUGGGCUGGCGACUGCGUGCUCGGCAAGGAACUUGGAGAAGCUGGAGCACCACUGGAAUGGUCGUGGCCUAUGUUCCAGGGUGGACAUCCCGAGAAGAUGGACUUUACAGAGAAGAAACACAAUGACAGGAAACUGUGGUGUGUUCCAGCUCUAUCCUAUCACCACUUCUCGCCCACCGAGCUGCCGCGUUUCUGGGAAUUUGAGCAGAUGUGGAUUCAAAGCAGGUUGGACAAGGUGUCUGCCAAAGACAGCCGCGAGAGACGAUGGUCAUUCUGGGAGGACUACAGCGACGUCCUCGAACAUCGAGACGUCUUCAGAGAGUUCGUGUGGCCUCGGAUCCGGGAAGGGCAAGCUGGCUUCUGGAACAACCUCUCGCCGAACAUAGUUGAGAACACUGCUGGGAGCAGCGAAGACAACUGCCGACGCAUCUGUGAAGAGACGCCGGACUGCCUGCAAUAUGCGUCAGGCAGAGAGGGAUGCUCAAUGUCUAACCAGCAGGUGAUGCUUGGGGAGAAGCAAGAUGGCUACAAGUCGGGCUGGAUGCUGGACAGGAUUGAGGGAUGGGUGGCAGGCUUGGACAACUGCGCUGGAUUCGAAGGGUGGACAGUCAGCUGA